CUGCUGUCAUUUCAGGGGUGACGUGCGCGCCAUUCAGCUCCUCUUCGCAUCUUCUCUGACGGUUUGUGGGACUUCUGCUUUGACUCGUCGUCAGCCUGUGGUUUAACGGACGCAGACAGACAGACAGACAGACGCAGAGAGCAUCUCAGAGAGACGCAGCAGAGAGCAGGAGACGUGAGGGUCAAAACUCAUCAAUAUGGACAUUAUGAGCACCACGGAGGGGCUGGUGACGGCGAUGACCACCACAGAGGAUCUGUCCUCCUCCACCGACGACGACUACGACAUCCCCGACUUCAUGUGCGACCGCUCGACCGUGCGGGAGUUCAGGGGUCUGUACGAGCCGCCGCUCUUCUGGCUGAUCGCCCUGGUGGGCGGCGUGGGCAACCUGGCCGUGGUGUGGAUCUACGUGCACGUCCGCCGCCGGCUGAAGACCAUGACGGACGUGUACCUGCUGAACCUGGCGGUGGCCGACCUGCUGUUCCUGGUCACGCUGCCGCUGUGGGCGGCCGAGGCGUCCUUCAGCUGGAUGUUCGGCCCCUUCCUCUGCAAGAUAAACUCCGCCCUCUACAAGGUCAACCUGUUCAGCAGCAUACUGCUGCUCACCUGCAUCAGCGUCGACCGCUACACCGUCAUCGUGCAGACCACCAAGGCGCAGAACUCGCGGUGGGAGCGCCUGCGUUACAGCCGCUUCGUGUGCGCGGCCGUGUGGCUGUUCUCCGUGGCGCUGGCCAUACCCGAGUUCGUGUACGCCGCGCCGGCCAGGGUGGAGUCCCAGGAGUACUGCAGGAUGGUGUUCCCGGCGCAGAUGGGCAACGUCACCAAGAUCACCGUGCUGUCGCUGCAGGUGAGCAUGGGCUUCUGCCUGCCCUUCAUCGUCAUGGCCUACUGCUACACCGUCAUCGUCACCAAGCUGCUCAAGACCCGCAGCUUCGAGAAGCACAAGGCCAUGCGCGUCAUCCUGGCGGUGGUGGUGGUGUUCAUCGUGUCGCAGCUGCCCUACAACAGCGUGCUGGUGGUGGAGGCCAUGCAGGCCACCAACAUGACCAUAACAAACUGCGACAGCGUGAAGGCCCUGGACAUGCUGGGCCAAGUGCUGAAGAGCCUGGCUUACCUGCACGCCUGCCUGAACCCCUUCCUCUACGUGUUCGUCGGCGUCCGAUUCCGCCGCGACGUGCUGCAGCUGAUAAGCUGCUGCCGCUGCCGGGCGCAGGCCGGCAAGAGCCAGACGAGCAAACCCAGCAAGGCGCCGCUGAGCUCCACCCGGAUGUCCGUGAUGUCUGACAGCGACACCGACCAGGCACUUUCGCUGUAGACACACACACACACACACACACACACACUGAAGGGACUUCCUGCCUGCGGUGCAGCGCUCUGAGGCGAAGCCGACGCGAUGAGGUUCAUCCAGUCUGUCUACUGGGGGCAGACGUUGCUGCUUUUGUUGAGUUCCUGAUCCUCAUCAGCGUGCAAAGACGCUCAUCAGCAAAGACAAAGUAAAGACAGAAAGAAAAUCAAAGUCCGUUUUGAAAGACUGCAGCCUUCAUGACAGCAUUCAAAGAUUAGGUGCGAAUUAAGAGUGAAUUCUUCAGGAGAUUAAAACCCUCUGCAGGACUUUUACAGCCGUCUUUCCGAGUAUGAUAUCAAACCGCACAUCAUUGUCUUCUAGAAUCAUUUCCAGAGUUUUUUCAGGAUUUUCACUCAGGACUUUCCAGGAACGUUCUCAUGUCAUCGCGAUACAUUUCCAAAGACUUUACUUGAAUGUUUUCUUGUACAGUGAAUGUAAAGCUUUUCCCACAUUGCGGCCGUGUGGCGUGAGCUGCUGUCUUUCGGGACCUGUCGGUCACUGGACUUACUGUUACUGCAUCAUGGUGAGACGACGUCUGAAACUGAGCCAGAAACAUGAUUGUUUGCUGCUUAUUUUUUGUUACUGUCAGACUGCAAGGUCCUCACUUCUGCUAAGAAAGGCUAGCAGAAGCUAACUGGUGUCUCUCCUCCUGAUGGUGUACAUUGAUUGUAAAUACAGACACGUCUCCAACCCGAAUGUAAUGUCUUUUUUUAUCUGUGUGUCUUCUGUCAUAAACAAUAAAGAAUGAGUAACAAGUCUC